AUGCCUCGACCAAUCAUGACGGCUCCAGUCCGGCUUGUCCGACUGCGCAAAUCGUCCACAUCGACGACGACUGCACCGUUCAAGCAGAUGUCGACAGCUCGUCAGCUAGCUAGAUGCUGCCACCAGUGCCGACCAGCCGGUGCUGUGCUCGUUUCCGCGCCCGCAAGAUGGCGGUCGUGUUCUGUCACGACGAUCUCGUCUGGUCCUUUCUUCUCGUCUUCUUCGGCCUCUUCGGCCUCGCAGCCACACCACCGCCAGCCCGCCUCCCUCUCCGACCAGCAGUACCACGAACUGGCCGACGAUUACCUCGACGACCUGCUCGUCCGCCUCGAGGAGAUGCAGGACGUGCGCGAGGACGUCGACGUCGAGUUCUCGGCCGGCGUCCUGACGCUCUCGUUUGCCGCCGACAGCACCGGCGCCGGUGCCCGCACCUACGUCAUCAACAAGCAGCCGCCCAACAAGCAGAUCUGGCUUUCGUCGCCGGUGUCGGGGCCGAAGCGGUACGACUGGGUGCUGACGGCCGAGGAUGCGGCAACGACGGCGGGCAACUGGAUCUAUCUCAAGGACGGGUCCUCGCUCAACAGCCUCGUCAAGGAGGAGAUCGGCGUGGACCUGAGCAACUGA